AUGGCCAAGAAGAAGAAGCCGGCCCCCGGGCCCGAGGCCGCGCCGGAGGCGGCGGACGAGGCCCCGGACUACGGGCCGGCCCUCGCCGAGGCGGCGCGGGAGGCGGUCGAGGAGGGGAUCGAGGCGGCCUUCGCGCGCGCGGAACAGAACGAGCUCGACAAGUUGGCGCCGGCGUUCGUCGCGGCGGACCUGAUGCGCCAGCUCAACAUCGCGGUCGCGUGGGCGACGCUCGAGCCGGACCGGCCGACGGCGGCGCAGCUGGCCGCCGCGCCCGCCGAGCCCGCGCCGCCGAUCAUCGACAGCUGGGCGCGCGGCGUCGUCGCGAGCCGGCCCCGGCCGCGCCCGCGGACGCCGCCGCCGGCGGCCGACGCCGCGGCGUCCGAGGGGCCGCCGUCGUCGCGGACGUCCGCGCGGUCCGCGCGGUCCCGGACGGGCCGCAAGCGCGCGCCCCGGGCGCCGGCGGGCGGCCCGGUCCUGCUGGACGUCGAGGAGGAGGACUGGGGCAUGGCCGUCGGCGCGUACGCGUUCGCCGAGACGACCCAGUUCAACUGGCCCGAGGCCGAGGACGCGCGGCCGAAGAGCGCCAGGGCCCUGGCGGCGCGGGCGGCCCGGGACCGCCUCGACGAGGAGGAGCAGCGCGUCGCGGCGCAGCUGCGCGCGCUCAAGCAGCGCGGCCGCGCCGCGGUCGUCCUGCCCGGCGGCGCCGUCUGCGAGCUCAAGCCCCUCGACAAGGCCCCGGCGCCGCCCGCGUUCAAGGUCCGGGCCCCGGCCGCGCCGCGCGCGCCGCGCGCGCGCGCCGCGGCCCCGGGGAAGAAGCCGCCGCGCGAGAAGGCGCACGUCGCGGCGGCGCGCCGCUUCUUCGUCGGCGGCCUCGAGCAGCCGCCCCUGCUGUCGGGCGACUCGGGCUUCGGGCCCGGCGUCGGCGUCGCCGCGGCGCAGGGCGCCAAGCGCGUCGAGGGCAUGGCGCGCCAGCGCGACGCGUCGCACCUGAGCCGCGCCGAGUACGAGUCGCUGCGCGACGAGGAGGAAGGGUCCCUGUUCGCCGAGUCGCGGCUCGACGCGGACGUCGAGACGCGGGCGCGGUCGCCGGUCACCGUCGACGGCGGCGCCGGCGCCGGCGCCGGCGACGACGACGAGGACGACGACGACGACGCGACGGCGGCGCGGCGGCGGCGCGCCGCCGCGGCCGCCGCGGCGCUGCCCGGCGACGCCGUCUCGCCGCUCGCCGGCGGCAAGCCCCGGGUGCCCACGCCCGAGGCGGCGCCCGGCGGCGGCGCCGACGACGAGGACGACGAGAACCUGAAGCUCGUCGGCGCGCCCGACUGGGGCGCCGUGGGGGCGGCGAAGGAGCCCGUCGUCGGCCGCCUGGGCGCGCGCCAGUCGCCCGCGCAGCGCGCCCAGACGUUCAACCUCCUCUCCGGCGCGCACCUCGCGCCCCAGGCGCGCGUCCGCGUCGCCGCGGCGCCGCCGACGCGGUCGCUCUUCGAGUACUCCGUGCCCCCGCCGGGCGUCUCGGAGCUGGGCGCCCACCUCUUCGCCGAGGUCUCCCCCAAGAAGCUGCUCCCGGGGACGCGGCCCACGCUGGGCGUCGCGGGCGGGCGGGCGAACUAACUCAGAGCGGUAC